AUGGCCUUCGAUAAACUGACUGACUCUCGAGGACAAGAUGAUCGUAGCGAGGUCUCGUUCAUCAUCGCGGACCGCGCGUUCCCACUUGUGUUGGAGACGUACCUCUAUGCCCUCUAUACGGUGUUGACGGCGUAUUUCCUCUAUCGCCGAUGGUUCCAUAGGAAAACAACGGCUCUACCGGUGUUCAUGCUCUUCGUGACCAUGUCCAUGUUCAUACUCUUCUCUGCGUAUUGGGCGCUUGACGUCUAUCUCUUAUGGAUCGAGAUAUAUCGCUACCUGCCACAGGAAGGGAGCCAACCGGCUGUCAUGUUUCUCGAUGGACUUUGGAUACCAUGGUCUGCGGCGUACUACGCGCAGACUGCUUUACAAAUCGUCAUGCUCGUUCUCGGUGAUACAGUAUCGCUCUGGAGAGCGUAUGUCGUAUGGGGUAGGCCGCGCUGGCUCUUCAUACUAUUCACCUGCAUCGCUGCGAUCGAAAGCGUCAUGUACAUCUUUGUUUUGGUCGUUCUAUUUGCGCAAAGUCUACCGCAGUCCCCGCACGGUUUCAGCUACAACUUCUACGCAAGAUCAUACACUGCGUCUUUCUUAGUCUCAAACAUCAUUACUGCGUGCGCGCAGAUGUUCGCCACACUAUUGAUCAUGUACAAGGGAUGGAUCUACUGGCGGGCCGUGCGCGAGUUCUCUCAGUCAGGUCAAACUCGCUAUGGCGUUGCUAUGCUCGCUGUCUUCAUCGAGACCAGCAUCGUGUACUUUGCCUUCUUGCUAUGGUUUGGCUUCAUCGACUUCCUGGGGACUCCAGAUUCUCUUGUCUACGCCUGGGUGUUCUAUUACAUGACACCCUUGAUAGCCAUGUAUCCUACCCUCGUUGUCGUGCUGGCGACCACACGCCGUUCCGUUCUCGAACGCCAGAGCAUCCCAGAGCAUGGGCCCUCGGGUCUACUUUUCGCGACCAACCCUGGUGCACACCAAAACCGAGACGGUCGACCAUCUGGCUGCCGUACACCCACUCAUACGCAAAUCGCGUUGGGAGCAAGCAUGAUGAUUCAGAGCGUUGCGGCAUCUUCAUACGAUUCGGAUCAAGUCAUGGAGAGAGGAGAUCUCGGAUCCGGAGUUGCGUUCGUCAACGAUUUGAACCACAAUUUUCCAGUGCUUGUGCAUCAUCUUUUACACACUGCCGGAAGCCUCGUGCGCAACGCUAAGCAGCAUUGCUCGGGAUCACCCAAGCGCCGUCGUCGGCAUGCAAUCAAUCAUCAUGGAUGGCCUCCAAAGAUGUAUAACCUUGGGAUUGCGUCGGAGACGACCGUCGGCGUGGUUAGAUCUGGCCGCGAGCCAUCUUACGCAGAAGGCCUGGCCUCAGGUUGCGCUGAGCCAGCCGUCAGGGAUUCCUCGAUAUGCCCCUCCCGGUCCGCCUUGUAG